GGCCACACCUGUUGCUCUGUGAGAGGAAAGGGCGGGGCUAUGGAAUUCUGAGAGCUCUCACAUUAGAAGACCUGCAUUGAAGGGGUGAACAUUGGCUGGUGGUCUUGCAGAAAGCUGUAUUUACUUCUGAAUUAAUCUGGAAGACAGAGGGUUCAAGCAACGAGGGUUGCUAAUGUCUUCCCCCUGAAAGCAAAUUUUCAGUUGAGGAUGGGAUGUUUUAUGGUUUACCUCUGCUGCAAAAUGGGCUUGUAUAUAGUUAAACUGCAUGAUUGACCAUGAAUGCUAGUGGCCCAGGAUAUCCGUUAGCCUCUCUCUAUGUGGGCGAUCUACAUCCUGAUGUAACUGAAGCCAUGUUGUAUGAGAAAUUCUCACCUGCUGGACCGAUCAUGUCCAUCAGAGUUUGCCGCGAUGUUGCCACACGCCGAUCACUAGGUUAUGCAUACAUAAAUUUUCAGCAGCCUGCAGAUGCUGAGCGAGCCUUGGAUACCAUGAAUUUUGAAGUGAUAAAAGGCCGACCCAUUCGCAUCAUGUGGUCCCAGCGGGACCCGGGACUCAGGAAAUCAGGCGUUGGGAACAUCUUCAUUAAGAACUUGGAUGAUUCCAUUGAUAACAAAGCUUUGUAUGAUACAUUCUCAGCCUUUGGGAAUAUCCUUUCUUGCAAGGUUGUUUGCGAUGAGAAUGGAUCCCGGGGUUAUGGCUUUGUCCAUUUCGAGACCCAUGAGGCAGCCAACCGAGCAAUUGACACAAUGAAUGGAAUGCUGCUGAAUGACCGCAAGGUAUUUGUUGGUCACUUUAAAUCUCGGCGAGAGCGUGAAGCAGAAUAUGGAGCCAGGGCAAUGGAAUUCACUAAUGUCUACAUCAAGAACUUUGGAGAUGAUAUGAAUGAUGGGAGGCUACAGGAAAUAUUCUCAAAGUUUGGAAAGACGCUGAGUGUCAAGGUCAUGAUGGAUAAUGCAAGCCGUUCGAAAGGGUUUGGGUUUGUCAACUUUGAGAAACAUGAAGAUGCUCGGAAGGCUGUUGAAGACAUGAACGGGACAGAGAUCAAUGGACGAAUGGUAUACGUUGGCAGAGCUCAGAAGAGGAUGGAACGUCAGAGUGAACUGAAGCGUAAAUUUGAGCAAAUCAAGCAAGAGAGAGUAAGCAGAUACCAGGGUGUGAACUUGUAUGUAAAGAAUCUUGAUGAUGGGAUUGAUGAUGAGCGGCUGAGGAAGGAAUUCUUUCCAUACGGAACUAUCACUAGUGCCAAGGUGAUGACAGAGGGUGGACACAGCAAAGGUUUUGGGUUUGUAUGUUUUUCCUCCCCAGAAGAGGCUACAAAGGCUGUGACUGAAAUGAAUGGGAGGAUUGUCAGCACCAAGCCUUUGUAUGUUGCCCUGGCUCAAAGGAAAGAGGAAAGGAAAGCAAUUCUCACCAACCAGUACAUGCAAAGACUGGCCAGCAUGAGGGCCUUACCUAGCCCACUCCUCUGUUCCUUCCCACCUCCUGCAGGUUAUUUCCUGCCCUCCAUUCCACAGCCACAAACCAGAACUACUUUCUACAGUCCUAGCCCUGUUGCCCCAAUACGUCCUGCCCCCCGUUGGAAUACGCAACCCUCCAGGCCUCCCUCAUCCUAUCACACAGCCACCCCGAUCCUGAGGACCAGUGCACCUCCUAGGCGCCUGAUGUCCAACAUCAGCACUAUGAGACAAGCAUCUACUCAAGUUCCCAGAGUACCGUCCAGUGCCCAGAGAGUGGCCAAUAUAGGAACCCAGACUAUCAGCACUCGGGCACCUUCCUCACCAACGCUCUCACGUGGUGUCUCGCAGUACAAGUACUCUUCAGCAGUGAGGAAUAUCCAACCCUUGGGCACCGUAGCACCCAUGCCAAUACAUCAGGUUAUAGAACCUGCUGUUCAUGUCCAUGGGCAGGAACCACUGACAGCAUCCAUGUUGGCUGCAGCCCCUCCUCAGGAGCAGAAACAAAUGCUUGGUGAACGUCUCUACCCUCUAAUUCAUGCAAUGCACCCCUCCCUGGCUGGGAAGAUCACAGGUAUGCUGCUGGAGAUAGAUAACUCUGAGUUGUUGCUUAUGCUGGAGUCGCCUGAAUCCCUUCACUCUAAGAUUGAGGAAGCUGUUGCUGUACUGCAAGCGCACCAAUACUCUGAAACAUCCCACAAGAGCAGCUCAACAGUGUUUCUUCAGUGACCAAGGAAAAAAAGAAAACAGAAAACCUUGCUGAAGAGAGGGCAGUCCCAAGGCACAGAUACUUCAUCUGUAUACUGUCAAAGUAUUUUUUGUAUAUGUAUAUAAAUCUUCGUGCAAAAAUCUAGCCCUAUUUGAAUCACACUUUCUUUUGUGCACUUAAUAUUCAUUGCAGUUUCUUUCCCACUAAUAUUGUACUUAUGUUUAAAAAAUGUGUAUUUUCACGAGUGCUUUUCUAGUAACUCCGAGUAUGGGAGGGAUAUAUUGUGAGAAUGAAGUGGAACAAAAUGGUUCCCUUGUUUUGGAUUUUUUUUUAAAGUUAAUUUCUCAAUGCUGGUCAUUUUUAAGUAGCCUUAAUCUUAAACCACCACUGGGGCCUGUAACAGUAUUUUAUUUGUUUCUGCGGUUGUUGACAUGAUAAAGAGCUGAAGCUUCACUUCA